UCAUCCGCAUAGAAAUUUAUAUGCGUCAAUUAUUCGGUUAACUAAACUUCGUGUCACAAAAGUGGUGGGAGAAUCCGAUUCUUUGCGAGAAUGGUUGAGGACGGCGGCAGCCCGCCGGGAAUGAACGGCGAGGGAUCGAGUUCUUCUCCGCCUGUGAGGUCUGACAGGAAUUUACCUAGAGCAAACACAAUGCCUGGUGGAAAUAAAAGUGAGGUUUCAGAGAUAUGGAGUGGUCCGCAAAAUCUGGAGAGAUCAAGCACUGAGAAGAGAAGGCAAAACAACUCACGUACUGACCCAACAGCACAGUUAUUUAAUGACAAGAUAUCUGAUAAAAAGAAGCUUAAGAUGCUUAAUCGAAUGGCUACGGUGAAAGGUGACGGAACUGUGGAAGUUGAAGUUCCUGGUGAUAUAGAGAGUGCAACACUUGAUUUUAGACCCGAUUAUGUUGUUGCUGGAGCAAUUGAUGAAGAACCAAUGGAAGUAACUGAUCUUCCAUACUUACCUCCUCUCCAAAUAGCCAUUCUCAUUGUUGGCACACGUGGAGAUGUGCAGCCAUUUAUUGCUAUUGGCAAACGUUUGCAGGACUAUGGACAUCGUGUCCGAUUAGCAACUCAUGCAAACUUUAAAGAGUUUGUAUUGACUGCUGGACUUGAGUUUUACCCAUUAGGAGGAGACCCUAAAGUCCUUGCUGAAUAUAUGGUUAAGAAUAAAGGAUUUCUGCCUUCAUCACCUUCAGAGAUAACUAUUCAACGUAAGCAAAUGAAGGAAAUUAUAUUUUCUUUGCUUUCAGCCUGCAAGGAGCCAGAUAUGGAUACUGGUAUUCCGUUCAAAGCAGAAGCUAUUAUUGCAAAUCCACCAGCUUAUGGACACACACAUGUGGCAGAGGCAUUAAAAGUCCCAAUCCAUAUAUUCUUCACAAUGCCAUGGACGCCAACUAGUGAAUUUCCACAUCCUCUUUCUCGUGUCAAACAAUCUGCUGGAUAUAGACUUUCAUAUCAGAUUGUCGAUUCUAUGAUUUGGCUUGGUAUACGAGACAUGAUAAAUCAAUUUAGGAAAAAAAAAUUGAAGUUGCGUCCCGUUACAUAUCUGAGUGGUGCACAAGGCUCUUCUUCUGAUAUACCACAUGGAUAUAUUUGGAGCCCACAUCUUGUUCCCAAGCCAAAGGAUUGGGGACCUAAAAUUGAUGUUGUUGGAUUUUGCUUUCUUGAUCUUGCAUCAAACUAUCAGCCCCCAGAAUCACUUGUGAAAUGGAUUGAAGCUGGUGAAAAGCCCAUCUAUAUUGGCUUUGGUAGCCUUCCUGUUCAAGAACCGGAGAAAAUGACAAGAACAAUUGUUGAGGCUUUGGAAAUAACUGGACAGAGAGGUAUCAUUAAUAAAGGUUGGGGUGGCCUUGGAAAUUUGGCAGAACCUAAGGACUUCGUGUAUCUGCUGGAUAAUGUUCCUCAUGACUGGCUUUUCUUGCAGUGCAAGGCAGUAGUGCAUCAUGGAGGUGCUGGAACCACAGCAGCCGGACUUAAAGCUGCGUGUCCAACUACAAUUGUACCAUUCUUUGGUGAUCAGCCUUUCUGGGGUGAAAGAGUGCAUGCCAGGGGAUUAGGACCUCAACCUAUUCCCGUUGACCAAUUUUCACUGCCAAAGCUUGUUGAAUCAAUAAAAUUCAUGAUGGAUCCACAGGUGAAGCAGCGAGCAGUCGAACUGGCAAAAGCCAUGGAAUCAGAAGACGGGGUUAAUGGAGCAGUAAGAGCAUUCUUUAAGCAUUUUCCUCGAAAUUCACCACCUGCGCCAGCUCCACAAUCUCCAUCAAUUUUUUCUUCCCUUGGUCCAGUUAAGAAAUGCUUCUGUGCCUAAAUAUCCUUUUUUUUCUAAGUAUUCUAGCUUUCAAAAAUUGGAUCAAUAGUUUUUUUUUUUUUUUAUUGGGUGGGUG